AUGGAGUCGAGAGCCUUCUGUCUGCUGAUACUCUGCUGUUGCAUCAAUAUCUGCUACCUUUAUCCACUCAUUCAUCCCAGUAAUGGACUCAAUGCAUGCCUGAAAAACCCAUCUUCAGUAGCGCUGGAGGUUCUUCCAGGUGGAGGCUGGGAUAACCUGCGCAACAUAGACAUGGGCCGGGUGAUGAAUCUGAGCUAUUCCCAGUGUCAGACCACAGAAGAUGGUGUCUAUCUCAUUCCAGAUGAAGUCUUUGUCAUUCCACAGAAAGUGAGUGGAGUGGAAACAAACUCGGAGAUCAUGAUGUCAUGGAUGGACCAGACUAGCUCCACUUCAAACUCCAUCAAUGCAGAAGCUUCCUAUCUUCAUUUGCUCAAUGGAAAAUUCUCUAAAGAAAACCAACGUAUUAAAACUCACCAAGUGAGAGAGAGUUCUGUAACAGCACGGGUUCAAGUCCGUAACCAUCUGUACACAGUAAAGGCCUAUCCGGACUUUGCUCUGGACUCCCGCUUUGCUCAACAGGCAGAGGAAAUCGCAGAUGCUAUUAAUAACAAUCAAACACGUCAAGCAACUUACCUGUCAGAGAAACUAAUACUUGAUUAUGGUACUCAUGUCAUCAUAAGUGUGGAUGCUGGUGCUACUUUAGUGCAAGAGGAAUAUUUAAAAACAUCUUAUAUCCAGAAAAAUCAGUUAGAAUUGUCUUCUAUUUCUGCAUCAGCAGGCAGUUCCUUCUUUGAAAAAGUUAAAUUUGAUAUUGGUGCCAGUGCAUCCCAGGGAACCUCUAAAACCAGUGGUUAUCAGGGUAACAUCACAUAUUCGUUAAUUCAGAGCCAUGGUGGAGCUUUAUUCUACCCAGGCAUCACUCUACAGAAGUGGCAAGACAGUACGCUCAAUAAUCUGGUGGCUAUUGACCGCUCUGGGCUGCCGCUGCACUAUUUUCUUAAUCCAUCAACAUUCCCAGACCUUCCAGCAGCAACUCUAAAUCAAUUAGCAUUGUUAGUUUCUCAGGCCGCAGAGCAAUACUAUAAAGUAAACACCAUACCAGGGUGUAUAAAUCCAGAUUCCAAAAACUUCAACUUUCAGGCAAAUGUAGAUGAUGCAUCUUGUGAGGGUCCCGUCACUAAUCUUACCUUUGGUGGCAUUUACCAACGAUGCACUUCAUUGACAUCAGAUGGAAGUACCAUCUGUGAUGAGACAGCACAGAAAAACCCAGCCACUGGUGAUUAUUCUUGCCCUCCACAGUACAACACCACCCUGUUACGCUCUGAGACAGUAGAACGAGGGUAUACUCGUAACGAGUGCCAAGCGUCCUGUCGUUCAUGUGGUUUCUUAUGGUUGUCUACUUGUUGUGACCAAAUAUGUAGUGAUGUUUUUUAUGUCCGUCGUGCAAAAGUAGACACCUACUGGUGUCCCGCAACUCAGAAAACACCUUUGAAUUCUGGAUACCUCUUUGGAGGUCUAUAUGGACCAUCUUUGCAAAACCCAUUUACCAAAUCUUACAGCUGUCCUCCAAAUUUCUUUGUACAGAAAUUUUUGUGUAGUGACAUGAAGGUUUGUCUGAGCAAUGAUUAUGUGACAGCAACAAAAUCCUCUGUGCCUUUUGCUGGUUUCUUCAGCUGCCAGUCUGGCAAUCCUUUUGCAAUGGGUCAAUCUCGUUGUCCACCUCAGUUUAGCCAAAAUCUUGCUGCCAUUAGUGAUGGCUGUCAGAUAUUGUACUGUGUCCAGUCCGGUGUGUUCAGUGGUGGUCAGAUAAAACCUGUUCGCCUCCCACCAUUCACAAGCCCACCACUUGUUGGCAUGACUGCGACAAACUCUGUAGCUAUAAUGCCAGAAGGUAAUCUUUCCUGGGUGAGAGUCUGAGAAACAAAGACUUGGCAACUGGCAAAUCCUGUUGAAAUUAACCAAAUGUUUGGUAGGUCUGGAGGAGAACAGGCUGGUGUAACCUAUGGUCUGAUAGCUUUGAUUGCUAUGGUGUCAGGAACUCUGUAUUAA